AGCAAAAAAUUUCUUGGACGAAAGGGGUCUUUUGCUACAGAUGAAUUGAAUUCAUGGACUUCGCGUCUAUUCUUGAAGUGACAGCCCUUGACUGGGUACUAAUAGCGCUUCUGCUAGUCCUUGUCUACAGAUGGAUGCGAAGACAAAGGGAGCCAGAAGUGACACCGCCAAAGCCACGUAUUGUUCCACCCCUUCCUAAGCAAGACAUGACUCUGAAAGAGUUGCGAAAAUACGAUGGAGUGCAGGAUGAGCACAUACUGUUUGCUUUGAAUGGAACGAUCUACGAUGUAUCACGUGGCCAUAAUUUCUAUGGCCCUGGUGGUCCAUAUGGGGCCAUGGCUGGGAGGGAUGCUACCAGGGCUCUUUCCACCAUGAAUGUGAAGGACGUGAGAGACGAAUGGGACGAUCAUGAAGAUUUAACAAGUGAUCAGAAGGAAACCGCAAACGAAUGGGAGUCGUCUUUCAAAUACAAAUACCCAACUGUAGCACAAACGUCGCAGCUUGAAAUAAUGGCUUUUAUGUAUCCGUUUCACGCACCAUCACUUCCAUCAAAAUGGGACGAUCCGCUAUGGGUUCAUGAAGUUUGUCCAUCUAUGGAGCAUUCAUUGUUGGCUAUACUCGAACAGAAGAGAAUGAAUCAGCGCGCUAAAGAUGAAAUGAGAUAUAUCAAUGAUGGGUCUUGUGGUCUUCGAACUGAUGAUAUGGAUGAGGAAGAAGAAGACAGCGGCGACGACCAUUAACACAUCAUGGUGAUCUGGAUUGUCUGCUGUCAGCGUGGUCUGCAACUACACAACAGUCCGACAGUUGCCGAAGAAUGGGUUCAAAUUGGCAUUUUUGUCAUGCUUCUCUGAUAUCUCUUGUCC